GGGCCGGGUGACUUCCCCUGCCCUGUGUGCAGCAAGGCCUUCCCGCUGCAGCGCAUGCUGACCCGCCACCUGAAGUGCCACAGCUCGGUCAAGAAGCACGUCUGCCGGUACUGCGGCAAGGGCUUCAACGACACCUUCGAUCUGAAGAGACACACGCGGACCCACACCGGCAUCCGCCCCUACCGCUGCCACGUCUGCGCCAAGGCCUUCACCCAGCGCUGCUCCCUGGAGUCCCACCUCCGCAAGAUCCACGGGGUGCAGCAGAACUACGCCUACCGCGAGCGGCGCGCCAAGCUCUUCGUCUGCGAGGAGUGCGGCUUCACCUGCGCCGCCGGCGAUGAGUACUACGGCCACGUGCGGCGGCUCCACCCCGGCAACGCCCUGCUGCGCAAGUACCUCCGCAAGCAGGGCGCCGCCUCCCUCCGCUUCCUCCUCUACCCCGGCGGCUACUACGCCUGA